AUGACUGGACCCACCAUUUUAACUGGUAAAGAAAAGUUUCACAUGCAUCUGAGUGAAAUUGACAAGGCUCCACCAGAAAAAUCAAAUUUAAAUGUUUAUUUAGAAGAAGGUAGGUAUGCUUGUAAUGCAAAUGAGAAUCUGGAUGUUUUGGCUUGGUGGAAAGGGGAAAGAUUGAGAUUUCCUAUCUUAUCGAGAAUGGCAGCCGAUAUACUCUCCGUUCCUAUUACAAUUGUGGCUUCAGAAUCUACUUUCAAUGCUGGAGGUAGAGUAAUUGAUGAUCGACGAGCUUCUAUGUCAAUUGAGACGGUGCAAAUAUUGCUUUGCGGCAACGAUUGGAUCCGCAAUCUUCAUGGCCUAAAGAAUAAGUCUCGCGAAUCACUUGAUGUAGCCGAAUCAAUCACAUUUGAGGAAGUUGAACUUCUUGAGUCAUUCACAAUCUGA